AUGAAAUUGCCCACGUUUACAAGAUUCUAUAGAUCGAGUCUUCUACAAAGAUGCUUUUACGCAACUAGUAAUGGCAAGAGCAAAGUCGUUCAGACUACAGAUGAAGCAUUGGAGGGAGUCGGAUCCAACAUCACCUUGUUGUCCGGUGGGUUCGGACUAAGCGGUGUUCCCGAUACCAUCAUCAAUGCCAUGGUCAACAAACCAGGGAUCCAAAACGUCACUGCGGUUUCCAACAAUGCUGGGCUCGACGGCCGAGGAUUGUCGCAAUUGUUGACAACUGGACAGAUUACCAAGAUGGUCAGCAGCUACAUUGGUAGCAACAAGACGUUUGAGAAGUUGUACUUGACGGGCCAGAUCGAUGUCGAGUUGACUCCGCAGGGAAACUUGGCAGAAAGAGUCAGAGCUGGUGCUGCUGGCAUCCCUGCUUACUAUAGUCCCGCUGGUGUUGGCACGUGGUUAGAAGAAGGUAAACUACCAGUGAGAUACGACAGCAAGGGGGAACAAGUCUUGAAAACAAGCACCCCGAGGGAAGUAAGGGUAUUUGGCGGCAGAAAAUUUUUAUUGGAAGAGGCCAUUGUUGGUGAUGUUGCUAUCGUCAAGGCCCACAAGGUUGACACUAUGGGCAACUGUUGGUUCCGCGGGGCUGCCAACAACUUCAACUCGGUGAUGGGAAGAAACGCAAAAUUGACCAUUGUUGAGGCUGAAAAUAUCGUGCAGCCGGGGGAGAUUAAACCCGAGGAUGUGCACCUCCCCGGAAUCUACGUUGACAGAAUUAUUCAGUCCACCACACCAAAAGACAUUGAAAUUUUCAAAUUUUCAGAACCAGAAGAACAAGCAGAAGGAGAACAAGGCAAAGACAAUGCUCAGUCUGCAAGCGACUUGAAGAGAGGCAAGAUUGUACGGAGGGCAUCUCAGGAGUUCCAAGAUGGCACAUUUGCCAACUUGGGCAUCGGUAUGCCCACUUUGGCACCUAAAUACUUACCCGAGGGAGUCCACGUCACUUUGCAGUCGGAAAAUGGUAUCUUGGGCAUGGGCGCCUACCCUAAAAGAGGUGAAGAAGAUCCAGACAUGAUCAAUGCCGGUAAGGAAACCGUUACUCUUGCCCCCGGUGCCUCGUUAUUUGGCUCCGAGGAAUCGUUUGCCAUGAUCAGAAGUGGCAAGAUUGAGUUGACCAUGUUGGGAGCCUUGCAAGUGGCAGCCAAUGGAGACUUGGCCAACUGGGGGUUGCCCGGUAGAGUCAAGGGCAUGGGUGGUGCCAUGGACUUGGUCAGUAACCCAGCAAACACCCGAGUUGUCGUUACGAUGGAGCACGUGGACAAGAAGAACAGGCCAAAGAUUUUGGACGAGUGCCAAUUCCCCUUGACGGGCCAGAAAUGUGUCUCCCGCAUCAUCACCGACUUGGCCGUGUUUGACGUCAUCGAUGAAAAAUUGGUGUUGAUUGAAAUCGACGCCGAAAGUAGUCUUGAAGAAGUCACGGCAAAGACUGCCGCUAAAUUCACGGUGUCCCCUGACUUGAAGACUAUUGCAUUUUAA